GAGGAAGAGGGAGCUGUAUGUCUCUCCUGCGUCAGUGCCAACAUCACUGCCACACCAGCUUUCGUCACCGGAAAACAACGAGGAAGAUCUCUGCACAACAGAGAUUUUGAAAAAACCAUCAGCAGCAGCAGCUCCUCCUCCACCAGACGUGCAUCCACAGAUUAGGCCAACACGAUCCUACCUUCCACAGGCACAGACAUCUUAAAACUCCCCCAGAUACAAAACGCUCUUGCCAGGCAUGACCUGAGAGCAGACAGCCAUCGGACGCUCUCCAUCAACAUGGGCAACCAGGAGGCUAAGCAAAGGAAAGCUGCAGCAGCAUCGGGUAAUGGAAGCUACCCUUCACUGGAUGAAGGAUGGAGAGAGGGAGGAGGGGAUGUGACAAAAAAGGGAGGAAAGAAACUCCAUGGUAAGCAUGGAGGUAAAGGAGCAGGCAGCAGCGGAGGAGGAGCGGGGAUUCAUGGCACAGGACCAGGCAAGAAAAAAAACAAAUCAGAGUCCAAGCCCUCUGUUUUCUCCAUCCGCAAGAGAAAGAGCAACGUGAAAGGGAAAGGAGACACAUGUUCAUCAGUAACAGGCUCAAAGGAGGACAUUCUAGCAUCUCAACAUGACGAACUGGACAGCACAAAAACACCUGAUCUGUCUGCAGAUGAGCUCGGACACUCUGACAAUGAGGCUGCUUUCUCUGAGAAGAAAAAGAAAGUGGAGCAAGGGAAAAAGAUUGGAGGUGGAGGAGGAGGAGGAAAGCAGAAGCAGGAGAUGCAGCAGAAAGCCUCGACAGCAGCAACCUCUCCUGCAGAGGAUGGAGGGCAGAAGGGAGGGAGCUCGGGGUCAGACACGGACAUUUACAGCUUCCACUCAGCUGCUGACCAUGAGGAUCUCCUAGCAGACAUCCAGCUCACUAUAAAGCUGCAGCGCCAGCAGCAGCAGGGGGUGUUUGGCUCCAUUGUGGAAGCGCAGGGAGGGGGAGAAAAGGAUCAAAGUUGGGGAGGAGGAGAGGGGAGGCAGAAGCAGAGUAAUGGAGUGGUUAAAUUAACUCCUCCUGAGGUACUUGACCUGACCCCAGAACUAGAGCUGGGGUCUGAUGCCCUAUCAUUCUUAGAGACAGGAACUCUGUCUGGCUCUGUCAAGCACAAGGACCAGCCACCAACACUAAACCGCCCCGUCCACACAGAGGUGCACGAGAGGAGGGCGGAGGAGAGGGAGGAGCAUCUGGAGCUAAAUGGGAAGGAGCAAAGGGAGGGAGAGAGAGAAGCCUCUCUUUGUGUUGCCACAGGCACAAAAGGCCAGCAUGCUUGGGCACAGCAGCCCCCUCAUACAGCCAUCACCAUGGCUACUGUAGAGGGGGUAGCAGUCAGCCCAGUCACCAUGGUAACCAGUGGUAACAGCUUCCCCGGUCAUACAUUUGACAGUGCUGGGAAACCCCCAGGGGAGGAGCAGGAAGAAGGAGGUGAAUCCCCUCAGGAGCAGAGGGAGCCUGAGGUGGAGGUGGAUCUCAGUCUUCCACCCACAGUUGGCCACAACAGAGGUCCUGAGGACACUGAGGGACUGAGGACAGGGACCGUGUUUGAAGAAGGUGAGGGUCAGUUAGGCUCAGGUACUAGUGCAGAGUCCCUUGAGGACUGCCUGAGUGCUGGCUCUGAGCUCAACCAUUCUGCUGCCGCCAGCACCAGCGCCUCUCCCUCCACCCAGCAAUGUAGGAGGAGCAGCAUCUGCUUCACCCCACUGCCUCCCCAGGAGAGCCCCACACUGGCUAAAAGACUCCUCAGGUCCACCCAUUCCUCCACCUCCUCUAGCCCUGUGGUGAAACCCUACCCUCCUAUUUUCCCCUCCUACAUAAAGACCACCACCAGACAGCUCAGCUCCCCAGGACACUCCCCAGCCCUGUCCCCCUCCCACAGCCCCCUGUCCCCACGCAGAGCCCACCAUCACCUCCACAGGAUGAUGGCUGAGGGUCACCAGGUCCGUCGGCAGCGCUCUCGAAGUCUUGCUGGGCCUCUGAGUCGCUCAGCUGAUUGGACGGAGGAGCUGGAGAGGAGGCUGAGGAGCAGAGAGGAGGAUGGAGGAGGAUCUAGUGGUUCAGGAGAAUAUCUGGCAAGCUACAAAGGAGGAGGCAGUCAGCCCAUUUGUGCUACCACCAGAUCGUCCUGUGGGCAGGUUUCUACCUGUGGCUUUCAGGACGUCUUUACAGGUCGAACCUUGCUGGAGAAGCUGUUCCUGCAGCAGCAGCAGGAGGAGCCUGAGGAGGCUGAGAGGCUCUGCUCCAGGAUCUUGGCCAUGGGGCUCCUGCUGCCGUUCACUGACUGCUUCAGAGAGCAGCUAGGUGGCAGCACUGCCCACAUCACCAACACACCAUCAGCUAAUUUUGAUCAAGACCAGUUGUAUACAUGGGCAGCAGUGAACCAGCCACCACACUCCCUGGAUCCUCCGGAUGGGAAGGUACAUGGGCAGAUCAAGGGUCCCUGGCCCUCAGCCAGGCCUGGUUCAGACAAUAGAACUGUGCUCAAAUCCACAGAGGCUGUAGAGGACAGUCAAGAACACCAUGCAGCCAUGUUGGGUUUGAGGCAACAACAGAAGGAGAGCCAGGACUGUCCGGAGGAGCGGGUCCUUUCCUCAGCAAAACUGAAGGAGAAACACGUUAAUGUCAUUCAACAGCUGGAACAAACCAUAGAGGACCUCAGGACUAAGAUCGCUGAGCUGGAGCGACAGCCCCCUCUGCUGGACAGGGGCAGUAUGAAACCCACCACCUCCACCACAGAUCAGGAGUGUGGAGGAGAGGAGGGCCUGCUGAGGGCUGUGUGUGACGCUCACCUGCAGACAGAGGCAGCUCCAUCUCUGAGCUGCCUGGAGGCCAAGUCGGUGCAGACGUCACCCAUGGAUGACAGCUUUAAGUUCAAAGUGCCUUGUAGUGACGGAGCAAACAGCUUAGAGCCCCCACCCGGGCGAGACGGCUUCCAGUGUUCAUGUCAGCAGCAGCCACCUCCUCCUCCGCCUCCGCCUCCCCUUCCAGGAGGGGCAGCACCUCCUCAUUCAGGACAGACUGUGGUACCCCCACCACCACCUCCUCCUCCACCCUUACCAGUGGGAUCAGUGCCAGCCCCUCCCCCACCACCUCCUCCUCCACCCUUACCAGUGGGAUCAGUGCCAGCCCCUCCACCAUCACCACCACCUCCUCCCCUUCCUGGUGGCUGUGUCCCACCCCCACCUCCUCCUCUCCCUGGUGGCCUUGCUCCACCCCCUCCUCCUCCUCCGCCCCUUUCUGGUGGCCCUCUCCCACCCCCACCCCCACCCCUCCCUCUCCCUGGUGGCAUAGCCCCUCCCCCUCCUCCUCCUCCAUUACCAGGACUCGGAGGCCCACCUCCUCCACCACCACCUCCAGGCUGUGGGCCUCCUCCUGCCCCUCCUCCACCAGGAGCCAUCUGUAUUCCUCCAGCUCUUCCAGGGGCUUUGGGUUCCCUGCCUCCUCCUCUGCCAUUGGGGCUGUACACUCUGGGUCUGACUCAGGAGAAGCCACCCAGGAAGGCUUUGGUGGAGCCACCCAGACCCAUGAAGCCACUCUACUGGACCAGGAUCCAACUGCACACCAAAAAGGACGUUUCUUCUUCAUUGGUGUGGGACACAAUAGAUGAGCCAGACGUGGACUUUGAGGAGUUUGUAGAGUUGUUCUCCAAAACAGCUGUGAAAGUGAAGAAGCAGCCACUGUCUGACACCAUCACCAAGUCCAAGACCAAACAGGUUGUGAAGCUCCUAAACAACAAGCGUUCUCAGGCAGUAGGAAUCCUCAUGUCCUCCCUGCACCUUGAUAUGAAAGACAUUCAGCAUGCCAUUCUGAAUUUGGAUAACACAGUAGUGGACCUGGAGACCCUACAGGCCCUGUAUGAAAAUAGGGCACAGCAGGAGGAGCUAGACAAGAUUGAAAAGCAUAUCAAGUCGUCUAAAGACAAAGAGAAUGCUAAACCUCUCGACAAACCUGAGCAGUUUCUCUACCAGCUCUCUGUGAUCCCAAACUUCUCUGGCAGAGUUUUCUGCAUCCUUUUCCAGUCCAGCUUCACUGAGUGCAUGUCUUCUAUAACGAGGAAAUUGGACAUACUGCAGAGGGUAUGCAAGGCCUUACAGGACAGUGAGUCCGUGAAGCAGGUUCUAGGUCUGGUUCUUGCCUUUGGUAACUUCAUGAAUGGUGGGAAUCGAACCAGAGGCCAAGCUGACGGCUUCACCCUCGACAUCCUGCCCAAACUCAAAGAUGUCAAGAGCAGUGACAGCGUGAAAAGUCUUCUGUCUUACCUGGUGGCAUACUACCUCAGGCACUUUGAUGAGGAUGCUGGCAGGGAGACAUGUGUGUAUCCUCUUCCUGAGCCUCACGAUUUGUUCCAGGCUUCACAGAUGAAGUUUGAGGACUUUCAGAAAGAUCUGACUCGACUCAGGAAGGAUCUCAGGGCUUGUACAUCAGAGGUGGAGAAGGUGUGUAAAGUUUCAGAUGAGGAUAAUUUGCAGCCAUUCAAAAACAAGAUGGAGGACUUUCUCACACAGGCUAAAAGUGAGCUGGAGACCCUGGAAUCUCAACUCAGCAGCACUCACAAACUGUUCCUGGAGCUCACAGUGUUCUUCUCAGUGAAGGCCAAGGCAGGAGAAAAGGAGGUUUCACCCAACACUUUCUUCUGCAUCUGGCACGAGUUCUCCUCUGACUUCAAGGACCAGUGGAAGAAGGAGAACAAAAUCAUCCUCAAGGAGAGGUUAAAAGCAGCAGAAGAGUGCUUCCGUCAGGCCAAGGAGAAGGCUUCCUACAGUGUCAAACCCAAACAUGCCUCCGGCAUCAAAGCCAAGCUUGGCAUGAAGAUUUGACUCCGCAGGCUUGGCAUGCUUAUUUUCCCGACUUUAGGCACCAGCAGUGAGUCAAAGACAAAAAAGUACAAGGAGAGGAGAAAAAAGAUGGGACAUGUGAAUGGCAUGUCCUGUGUGUGCAGCUGAGCCUACCCUGGACAUCUUGUUUCAUUCAUUUAAUUUUUUGUCCAUUCCCUGCUGUGUCAGCCUGCUGCCUUAUGUUGCUGUCCUCUCCAGCUGAAAACUCAAUCCAACACAAUCACGGAAGGAUGCUGCUGCAGGGCCACCAGGCACCAGGAAUCAUGGACUGUUGGGAUCAUCACAAACCCACAUUUAUGGAUUAACAAAAAACUCACCACUUAAUCAGAGUGUCCAAGGACCAGACUGUUUCGGUGAACAUAGCUUGGGAACAAUGGAGAUCACAGUUAAACUCACCUGAAACAUCCAUCUAGUGAUGGAUGUGGACAGCACAGAUAUUGUAUUCAUUUGGAUGUGUCAUUCCAUCACUGGUCUGUUUAGUUGGGACAACAGGCAUUUGCCUUACUUUUCUACAACACAUACUUUAAACAUCCUCAUUACAGACAUCAACAAAAAUGGAUCUGUUUGUUCUAAAAGGUGUAAAUAUAGUUCUUCAGUAGCAGCCAGAAGAAAACGUCUGCCUGUCAAAGUCCUAACAUUGAGUUAUUAUUUAAAAAAAAAAAAAAAUGUAAAAAAAAAAAAAAACCUUGGUCAGAAUCAGAUGUCAGCAUGAUUGUCUCAGGUCUUAGAGUGUGAAGCUUUUCCAGGACACUCAGUGAUGUAUUCCAGUUAUGAUAUUAAAUAUUCAAUAUUAAAAGUAAUGGCAGCAACUUAAACAUUCUGUGUUGAAAAGUAACAGAAAUGUUGGUUAUCCCAAACAACAGCCAUGGACACAUCCCUCUAAACAACACAGUAAAUCUUUUGUGUGUUCACCUUCAUAUCUCAGCACACACUUCAUCAUUCACAUCAUCACAAAGCUGUUUGUGGUUCUACAUCAGACUCAGUAGAGAAUCAUACAGAGAGGAGGAGAAGUGUAUUUACAUGUGUAAUUUCAAUGACCUGCCAUACCAUACUAGAUAUACCAUACCGUGUGUGUGUGUGUGUGUGUGUGUGUGUGUGUGUGUGUGUGUGUGUGUGGUUGAUACGUGUGUGAUGAAGGACGUGUGUGGUGCACUGAAUUACAGUUAUGACAGUUUGUUGCAGGAUUAAUGACUUAAUUAAAGUAAAGUAAUAAAUUGUAAAAACUGAUUGUGAGGCACAUUUUCCUGUUUCUGUCCAUGAUGUCCUCCUCUGUUGGCUAGCAUGAUACUCACAGGAACUUAACUCCAUUUGAAACUGUUUCAUGUGCAAUAAAUGUUUCUGUAAACUGUACAUGUAUAUGAUGGGGUGCAUGGGGUCUGGGUGCGGUUUAAGUUCUGUAAAAUAAAGAGAAUUAAUUCAG